GCAAACCAGGUCAAUCCACCCCCAUUCAAAGCCAGGCCAAUUGGCAAGGGGCUGAGGGGGCUGGAGGAUUCACCUUUCUCUCGGAUGCAAGGAUGACUCUACUCCUGCUUUUCUGCACUCUUGUUCUUAUUCUGCAGAUGACCAGUGGAGAGAAGUACAAGGUGUGGGGUGAGGAAGGCAUAGGUGUGACCCUUCCUUGCUACCUAAGUCCCCAGGUGGUGAAAGACAACUUGAGGCACCUGCACAAAGGAUUAGAGAUUCACUGGGUGCGCCAUGGAGGCAGUUCUUCCAUGAAACGUCAUUUGGUGCUCAAGGUGAAGCCCAGUGGGCUGAAGAGUCUGGCCCAUUCCAUGAUGCGCCGAGUAACUGUCUGGGACACUGGCUUUCUUAAGGGGAAUUUUUCACUCCAGAUUAACCCAUUGCUGAAGGAAGAUGCAGGAACCUAUGAGGCACACGUGAGCCAUGGGAACAAGGACUGGCACUGCCUCGUGGAGCUUGGUCUGGUGUCAGUCACUGCUCACCCUUCUCGUCCUCUAAUUGAAUCUGAAUCGGUCAGGCUAAACUGCAAAUCCAGCCACCCAGGAAAUCCUACCAACGCUUCAUCCUAUGGGUCAAACCCUGCUUAUCACUGA